AUGAGAAACUACUUUGGCAGCGGUCAACUGCAGAGUUAUCUCAUUUUCUGGCGCAAAGAGGACAAUCGUAAGCUGAUUAAAGCUCGGUACUUUGUGGAAGAAGACGGAAGCACCUCAUUUGAGCCCAAAUCCAAUGUGAUUCAAGUUAGUGAACUGUUGACCACAGUGCCAAAACUGUUGGAAGGUGAUGCGCUGAAGGCAGAGUACAACUACGUUCCUCGAUCGCAAAUGUUCAGUUGGAAUCAGGCAAAGCUGCCUGAGCAUAAGACGAAGAAUCGUUAUGGCAAUCUGCUGCCUUACGAUAACACACGAGUCAUACUGAAGAAGGAAUCGCCCGGUGACACUGACUACAUCAAUGCCAACUUCAUUGAUGGCUACAAGAAGGCAGGACGGUAUAUUGCCAUGCAGGGGCCAAUUGAUGCCACCAUUGAAGAUUUUUGGCGAUGCGUUUGGCAGUUCAAGUGCCAUCAAAUUGUCAUUCUGACCAACCUCGAAGAGAGUGGCAAGAGCAAAUGCGAAAAAUACUGGCCGGAAAUGAGUCAGUUCUAUGGAAAGAUCAAAGUGAGCAUGACCAAGACUGAGCUGUUUGCCGACUACACCAUUCGGCACUUUCUACUGGAACGGGACCACGACAGUCUGGUGGUAGUGCAGUACCACUUUCUCUCCUGGCCCGAUCACAUGGUGCCGAUGUACGCGUGCACGCUGAUCAGCUUCAUCAACUGCAUUCGCUCGUCGAGUCUGUACCAGGAGGACAACAGUCCGAUGGUGGUGCACUGCUCCGCCGGCAUCGGCCGCACCGGCGCCUUCAUCGUCAUCGACUCGAUGCUGCGAAUGGCGGAGAAGGAGAAGAAGAUCGACGUCUUCGGGCACUUCUGCAAGGUGCGCCAGCAGCGCAUCAACAUGGUGGAGAAGUUCGCGCAGUACCGCUUCGUCUACCAGGUGCUCCUCGAGGCGCUCUCCCAUGACCCCACUGACAUCAGCUGCAUCGACUUUGCCACCUACCUCGACCGCCAGACAAAGGGCAGCGACAAAACUUGUUUGCUGUACAAACAGUACGAGAUUCUCAACACAAUGUCAUUGUGCAAGCUGCCCUCUGAAGUGUGCAAGUUCGGCAUGGUCAACUACCAGUUCAAUCGACGCGCCGAUGUGGUUCCCCCCGACUACGCUCGAGUCAUUCUACCCAAUCUGAACGACUACGUGAACGCCGUCUAUGUGAACGGCUAUCGCAAACAGGACGCAUACAUCGUGACGCAGAUCCCAUUCGAAAACAAUCGCCAGCAGUUCUGGAAGAUGAUCGCAAGCACUCAGGCUAAUCUGAUCGUCUUGCUCAAUGAAGCGAGCGGCGACGAACAAGUGUACUGGCCCAGCUCGGUGAACCAGCGACUGGUGGUGGACGAUGAGCUGAGCGUCAGUCUGCAGAAGGAGGACCUCUCGCAGCACAUCAUCGUGCGCACCUUCGUUCUGAAGCCCGCCGAGACGAUCGUUAAGCAGGUGCAAUUACGCGGAUUUCAGAGCCUCCUCGGCAAGUACUCUCCCACCGCUUCCAGCUACUCACUAAUUGAGCUCAAGGAGAAGCUGGACGCGGGCAACAUGGCCGGCAGUUCGGCGCCACUCGUCGUACAGUGCACCGAUGGCGUGCAACUGUCGGGACUGUUCUGCGCCGCCGACUUUAUAUUCGAGCGCAUCAAAGAGGAACAGCAAAUUGACGUCUUUCUUGCCGUCCAGAAGAUCAGAGCUAAUCGACCGCAGUUCAUUACCAGUUACUGGGCCAAAAAGUGUAAUGUACUGGCCUACUUCGAAGCAAUAAAGGCACUAGUAGGAAAUAAGAACAAGCAGAAUAUUAUUGGCUGCAAAAGACGCAUCGCUCAUAGCGUUAUAAAAAAUACAUUGCAACAACAACAAAGUUGA